GGCGAUUGCAACAGGCAUCGCGCAGAUGACCACGGCUGUGAUCGCAUCUGUGGACCAUGGGACUGCAGCAGUUAUCAAACGUGUGAUCAUGGAACGGGACACCUACAACAUGCGGUGGGGUUAUGGUCCCCGUUCUAGUGACAAGAAAAAGCUCAUCCUUGCUGGCAAGCUGACGGAAAAGGGCAAACCCAACGAGAACACGCCAAAAGCCUGGCUGCUGGGCCAAGGGAGGUGGAGCUAUCUUCCAAAGCUCACCUGUGAGGAAGCACAGGCCGAGAUGGAUGAAGCUUUAAAGGCAGUUGCCAAGACAAAGAAAAAGAAGGUGAUUGAAGAGGUGGAGGAGGCUGAAGAGGUGCAGCCUGUCAAGAAGAAGAAGCGGAAGGAGUAGAUGAGAAAACCGCUUAUUCCGCAGUGAAAGUGAUGUCUCUGGAGAAAGAAAUCCGAAACUAUUGAUAUAGUCUUGGAUCUGCG